UCUGCUCAUCUCUCCCAAGAGAAGAGGGGGAACAAGCAAAACAAGUAAAACAAGUACUAUACAAAGGGAUAUGAUGCGCUUAUUAGCAGGGACUGCCUACUACUAGGCAACAUAUGUUAGGCAAACACUCAAGGUAUACCUACACUUACUUCAGCCCUUUGACACAAAGGAGCAGCACAGCUAUUGAAGAUGGGGACAGAGAUCAAAGUAGGGCCAAUGCGUGUCCUGGUGACCGGUGGCUCUGGGUUGGUGGGCAAAGCCAUUGAGCAUGUGGUGCAGCAGGAAGGUGGGAAACUGGAGGGAGAAGAAUGGAUCUUUAUCUCUUCCAAGGAUGCUGAUCUUGUAGACGUUGAUCAGACAAGGGCCGUGUUCAAGAAGCAUCGUCCCACUCAUGUCAUCCAUCUGGCUGCAAAAGUUGGAGGACUCUAUCUACACAUGAGGGAGAAUCUGCACUUUUUGAGAGCCAACAUCAAAAUCAAUGACAACGUCCUACAAACAGCCCACGAGAUGGGUGUCACCAAGGUUGUGUCUUGCCUGUCCAGUUGCAUCUUCCCUGACAAAACCACAUACCCCAUCGAUGAGACCAUGAUACACAAUGGAUCACCCCAUAGCUCCAACUUUGGAUACUCCUAUGCUAAAAGGAUGAUUGAUGUUCAGAACAGGGCAUAUUUUCAGCAGUAUGGUCAUCAUUACACAGCAGUCAUCCCGACCAAUGUGUUUGGUCCCUAUGACAACUUCAACAUAGAAAAUGGUCAUGUGCUGUCGGCACUAAUGAACAAGACAUACAAGGCCAAAAUGGAAGGAACUGCUGUGAAUGUCUGUGGCACUGGAGCACCUAGGAGACAGUUCAUCUACUCUCUGGAUUUGGGUCGUCUAAUCGUUUGGGCUCUGAGAGAAUAUGAAGAAAUUGACCCUAUUAUCCUCUCUGUGGAUGAAGAAGAUGAAGUCUCAAUCAAAGAUGCCAUGGACUUGAUUACGAAGGCUCUGGACUUCAAAGGCAAAAUAGAUUUUGACACCACCCUGUCAGAUGGACAGAUGAAGAAGACAGCCAGCAAUGCCAAACUAAGACGCUACCUUCCCAACUUCCCCUUCACACCUCUCAAAGACGGUAUAAAGAUGACCUGCGACUGGUUCGUAGCCAACUAUGAGAUUGCCCGGACAUGAAGUGACAAAACACUGAGCUGAAACACACUAAUCUUUGGUUCUGGUGUGAUGCAAGUUGCUAUGCUGUAUUGGUUUAUACAGUGCCGCAUCAAACACAGUUUAACAUAUUCUCUAGUGUAUGUCACUAAGGAAUUUCACAUUAAGAUAUUAUUAGAUGGUCAGUUUAGCAACUCUUAUUUUAAAAUUCAAAUGAAACUGUGUCAUUGUUUGGAAUAAUUUAGAAAGAGUCUAAGAAAUAAGGACCAUAAUCUAAUAAUUAAAAAGUAAUAGAAACAAGGGACUCAUCAUCCCAAACACUACAAUAGCAAUCCCUCCCUCCUUUGUAUGCAAAUAAGGAAUAGUUUGCUAAACAAAGUAGAUACAAAUGGGUGUGAACUGAGCACCACCCCUUCAAAAGUGCUCCUACAUAAUUCUACACACACGCAGGUUACUACGAAAAUCUGUUGUCAAACCUUACUUCAUUUUUGCAGAUUGCAAUUGCAGAUUUCAAAUCCUAUUUUAGUUUUCUAUAUAAAGUAUCUUUACCAACAAACAAAAAAAUCUGUAAUAAAUUUUCACACACUAGUGUUGAUAAAAUCAGUUUGAAACAGCUGUUUACAGAUACAUGUGCCAACAUGGACUGGAAAUUUAGGGUAAUUUAACUUGAACAUCAACGGCUUUAUUGGCCUAUCACCGACCGUGGCAACUGGGAAAAAACAAGGCACUUCUGAACUUGUUCAGGCAUUCCUGAUACUCAGAUCUUGCAGUACGCUUUAACUGCACCCAUACACUGUAGCUGUUUGUUAGUCUCUUAUGCAAUCUCAAGGUGCCAAUUUUUUAGGGGGGUUUUAGUGCAAAUCAGCGGGUUAUUUUUAAUAUAAUUAUAGAGUGUUGCCAGUUUUAUUAUCUUUCACAAUUUACUGUUUUCUCAAUCUUAAAGACUCAUCACUCAAUAAAACAGAGCAGAUGCAUAUGAAUGAGGUUGAGAGCAUUGAUCAGCCUCUGUGUGUGUAUUUACUGGGCUUUUUUAUAUUUGACUCUGCUAUAUGCACUUUAUUUCAGUCAUCCUCUGAUCGGUUAGCGGUGCACUCAGAUUUUAACGCACCUGUCAACAUGUGAAAUGUUUGCAUAAUGUCCUUUUUUUCCAAUGCAAUGUUGUAUUACUGGUUUGCCUACUUCUGACGGGGAACAUUAUGUUACUUGUUAGGAUGGUGUUAAGUUAUUUAAAGUGUGCCAAUGCUGAAACACAAAUUGCAGAUGCUGCUGAGUUAACCACUGUGGCUAAAAGCUGUAAGGUUACAGAUUGAUUGUUUAUGCACGGAAAUUACAGUACAUCUUUAUGAUAAUGUGUGAAGCUUAAAAAAAAACUAAAGCUGUUAUUCAAAUAAAAAACAGUGUUUGCCAAGUGUUGUGGAAAACAACAGUAAUAAUAUACCCCUAUUGUCCUGUGUUACUCUCUAGUUGUAUGCAUCAUUUCUACUGCACACUGAUUGAAGUCUGAUUUAAUUAAAGUAUAAUAAUUGAGUGUGAUGUGAUAAUGUGGUUUGAAUAAAAUUGGCCUUGAUUUUGGAAAGUGUUUGACUAUUGUAAGGAUGAUUUGUUGUUAAAAUUCAGUUUAUCAUCAAAUGGUCAUAGUAUUUUUAACCUAUGAUACUAAGUAGUGCUUUGUUUGCAACCUGCAGCAUAGGACAAACACAAAACAUAAAAAGUCACCUGUCACAACCAUGCAACAGUGGUAAUAAUCAGGCCAUGUUUCAGAUAACGUGAAUACAGUGUGAACUGUUUGCUAAGAUUA